AUGUUGGCAUCUGUCCUUUCUCCCAUAAUACGGGGUUCGCAAUUCCAAACGGCCGUCCGGCUGUUCAGCGUCACGGCGCCUGCCAGCAAAGAUAAAUACUACAAGAUCCUCAGAUAUACGAAACCGGUUGAUACUACCGUCUAUAAGGCGGGAGAUUCUGCCGAGGGUUUGAACAUUCCGAUCAGGAAGAAGACACAUCCGGUCUACUCGUAUGAAACAAUGUUCUUCAAGCGCCAGAACAAGGGAUUGUUCGGUGGAUUACAAAGAACCAGGUCCAAAACAUGUUCCGAAGCCGGUAACAAGAACCUUAGAGCACAUCUUCCAAACAUUGUUAAAGCAAAGUUGUGGUCAGAAACAUUGAACAAGAGCAUUCAAACCAAGGUCACCACCACGGUUUUACGUACUGUGACCAAGGAGGGAGGAUUGGACAACUACCUCACCAAAGAUAAACCAGCUCGAGUAAAGACCUUGGGUUUAAAGGGCUGGAAAUUACGCUACGAAGUGAUGAAAAAACGGGAAUUGGACCAGUUGCCACCAGUUACUGUUAACAACGAGUCGAAACCAGUUCUAUAUGUGCAUAAAGAUGGCAAAAAGUUGUUUGUUGGACGCAACAAGUUACUUAAAUACUUGUACCCUGAGGUCAAGAGGGACAGUUACAAGGCUAUCAGCUGGCCAGAAUUCUUAAGAAACCAUACAUACUUGACCACCGAGGAAAUCGUGGACAAACUAGAGAGCUACAACUUUGACUUUACCAAAGUUGCAGCCUAA